AUGUGCUUGUUUGACAUGGGGCCCGAGUACAAUUGCUACGCGUCCGAUGUAACUACAUCAUUUCCUGCGAACGGGAAGUUUACCGAUAAGCAGAAAAUAGUCUACAAUGCGGUACUUGAAUCAAACCAGGCAGUGUUCAAAGCCGCUAAGCCAGGAGUUCGAUGGACCGACAUGCAUAUUUUAUCAGAGAAAGUAAUACUCACACAUCUCAAAAAGGCAGGGCUACUUACAGGUGACAUUGAUGAGAUGGUCAACGCAAGGCUUGGAGCCGUGUUCAUGCCUCACGGGCUUGGUCAUUUGAUUGGUCUCGAUGUUCAUGACUGUGGUGGUUAUCUUGGGGAUGCAUUGCCACGAUCGGAUCUCCCCGGGUUGAAAUCUCUGCGUACUACUAGAACGCUCAAAGAAAGAAUGGUGAUUACAAUUGAACCUGGUUGCUAUUUUAUUGAUACACUGCUCGACGCCGCCUUCAAGGAUCCGAAGCUAGCGAAAUUCAUGGUGAAGGCAGAAAUCGACAAAUACCGCGGACAAGGAGGGGUUCGUAUCGAAGACGACGUGGUCAUUUGGGAGAAAGGCAACGAAAAUAUGAGCGACGUACCGAGAACAAUUGAGGAGAUCGAGCAUUUCAUGGCGUCUGAAGAGUUCAACGACGCGACAGUCCAGAAGAGCAUCAGCAAUCACCUUAACAAACACUGA